GUGAUGGCUCUUCCCAGGAAGUGGAGCUUACAUGGUCACGUCACUUGGCCGCACUGGUGUGAGAUUACAGCUGAAACAUGCUCGCAUCCAGGACAAUUCUGUCAAAACAGACUUUGGCUGUUCUGUCCCGCCAGCCGGCCUGCUUCGUUCACCAGGGGGACUAUGGCAACUGGGGAAAUACCAAUAUUGCACUGGUUUUCUCAGGAUGUGGCUGGUGGGAUGGGACUGAUGUCCACGAGGGAGUAUACACCAUGUACCACCUGAGCCGUAACGGUGCUCGCUUCCAGAUGUUUGCUCCAAACCAACAGCAGAUGCAUGUGAUCGACCAUGUGAAAAAGCAGCCCGCCUCUGGAGAGAACCGGAACAUGAUGAUGGAGGCAGCUCGCUUCAGUCACGGCCAGGGAAUGAUGCAAAUGCAGGACCUGUCCAAGCUGGAUGUCAACAGCUUUGAUGCUGUAAUCUUUCCUGGAGGCCAUGGCGUCAUUAAGAACCUGUCCUCCUUCAUGAAGGACGGAAAGGACUGCAAGCUGCACAGUGAUGUGGAAAGAGUUCUUAAAGAAUUCCAUCGUUCACGCAAGCCUAUUGGUCUGGCCAGCAUGGCUCCUGUGCUGGCCUGCCGUGUGCUGCCCAGCAUCGAGGUGACCAUGGGCUACGAGAAGGACGAGAACACCCGCUGGGGGAAUUGGCCUCACACCAACAUGGUGCAGGCUGUGAAGAGCAUGGGCGCUCGCCACAACGUCCGUGAGCCAUACGAAGCCUAUGUGGAUGAGAAGAACAAAGUGAUCAGCACCCCAUCCUUCAUGUGGGACACAGAGUAUCACUACCACUAUAUAUUUGAUGGCAUUGGAAACAUGGUCAAACACGUCAUGCGCAUGUCCACCAAGUAAAGAGAUAGAUUAAGUCUGGAGAAGAAAUACAGGAAGUUGGUGUUUGAGUACAACAUACAGCUCUGUACUGGUAUCUUUAACCUUCUUAC